AUGGCGACCCAACAAGCAGGCGGCCUUCACUCACUCGCCACCAUCAUUAAACGCCUUGAGGCAGCAACUUCCCGAAUCGAGGAUAUCGUCGCCAGUCAAGGAAGCCUAGUUCCUGGUGCGGCCCCUGCUCAGGCCGCUACUCCCACCUCUGGGUCCACUGCGACGGGGGCUGCCGCCCCACCCCCACCGCCUCCGCCCCCACCUCCACCCGUUGCCCAGGAACCUGCUGUCCGGGAGACACCAAAGAGCGUGACUGCCUUUGACGAACAGGUUCUCGAAGGCAAGGUCAAGCCCUUUGUCAAGCUCAGCAAAGAACUUGGAGAUGAGAGCGUGAGCGAGUUGGCUGACUUGAUCGAGAAGCAAUACGCUGCUCUUCGAUCCUUCUUGCUCAUUGCCGCAACAUGUCAGAAACCUGACCAAAAGGCUUUGGAGGGUUUGUUGCGCGACCUCGAAGAAUCCAUCAAGGCUAUUCCCAAGGCGAAAGAGGCUCGGCGAUCCACCGGGAGCAGAGAUUUUGCGCAGCAUCUUACCUUCAUGGCUGAGGGUGCACCUGCGAUUGGGUGGGUUGUUAGCCCUACCCCUGCACCGUAUGUUGGCGACGUCAAGGAGUCAACUGAGUUCUGGGGUAACAGAAUCAUCAAGGAAUGGAAAGAGAAGAAUCCCAAGCACGUCGAAUUCGUUCGCGCGUUCAUGGCUAUCUUUGACGCCAUGAGAGCCUUCGCGAAGGAGCACCACACCGCCGGCUUGGUCUGGAACGCAAAGGGCAUUCCUUACGACCAAUACAAGAGCCCUGCUGCAGGCGCUCCCGCCCCUCCACCUCCCCCGCCCCCUGCCCCCAAGGCGGCCACUGCGCCAGCUGGUGGAGCCGCAUCAGUCUUUGCUGAGCUCAAUAAGGGAGAAGCAAUCACGCAGGGCCUGCGCAAGGUUGACAAGAGCGAGAUGACACAUAAGAACCCCGCUUUGCGAGCGGGAAGUACUGUUCCUUCUGCCCCUACUCCUGCUGGGAAGAAGCCUAUUAAGCCCACCAAGCCUUCAGCCCUUGCUGGAAAGAAACCACCCAAGUUUGUGCUAGAGGGUAACAAGUGGUUGAUUGAAUGGCAGGAGAAUGAAAGUCAAUUGGUCGUAGAGAAUGUCGAGAUCAACCAAUCUGUCAAUAUCUUCAACUGCAAGCAAUCCACUAUCAUCAUCAAGGGCAAGGUUAACGCUGUUACCAUCCACAACAGUAGCAAAACCGCCGUCCUCGUUGAAUCCGUCGUCUCUUCUGUCUCAGUUACUGCUUCUCCGUCCUUCACUCUACAGGUAACAGGCACGGCCCCCAUGAUUCAAGUUGACUCGACGGAUUCCGGCCAAAUCUACCUCUCCAACUCGAGCCUCAACGCUGAAAUCACUACCGCCAAGUGCAGCGCUAUUAAUGUUAGUUUGCCGGUACCUGGGGAGGAGGACGGUGUGUUCGAUGAGCACCCAGUGCCGGAGAUGUUAAGGACCGUGGUCAAGGAUGGCAAGCUCGUGACUACUGUUGUCGAGCACGUUGGAUAA